AUGGGCAGACCAUGGGGUGCACUUUGUGCACAGUAUUUGGAAAAAGGUAACAUUAAUCAAGAAGAGUUUAAGAGAGAUACUACAGUAGUGAUCACAGUUUCCGGUCAUCGAAUGGCCAUAGGUAUGGAGGCUGCCGACCUGGAUCUAGUUCCAGUGAAGGUUUUUGGUGUACAACUGGAAAAGGCAAAGACAUAUAAUAUUAAUCCUGAAACGGUGCUAAAGGAUGUUUAUGGUCAUCUAGAAAAGCUUAAGCUUCAAGGUUAUUAUGGUUUUGCUUCUGAAAUUCAAAAGAAGAUGAGAAUUAUAGUUGUUGGCCGGGAUGCUAUUGUAAACUGGAUUUUGGGAGUUAUCUGUGAUCUUAAAUUGCCAGAGUCACCCUCCAUUGCUCCGGUACCACUACGGUACCACUACAAUGGAAUCGGUGCUUCGUUUGGAUGGAAGGACAUCUCGAAUAUAUCACCGCUGCAAUCGUUUCUUGUUGACGUAGCAUUGGCAAAACCGCUGAGAACUGACAGCUGGCAUUGUCUCAUUAGGAUGAAACGCACUCAAUCUUCUACAGGACGACCAUAUGCUUCUUUUAUGGACCCAUUACCACAUUGUUUGCAUGAGGUUGGAGAUGUGGAAAAAGCGACACCCACGAACCCAUCUUGCAUAGACGAUGGACGCCUCGAAGUUGUCGGUUCCAAAUCUGAUUUUUGGUACGGGGGCAUAGACUGGCCUCUCCUUGAUCAGGUACGAGGAAUUCGCUUCGAGUUUAUAGAGGGUGCAGGAGGGGUUGUGGACUUAAGAAUUGAUGAAGGAAUGUCGUUUGGUAUCCGUAUUGAGGACUUGGUUGAGAUUGAAAUCUCUUACCACGGUCAAGUCAACAUUCUCGCCCUUCCAGAUUGCGCAGCAAAAAGUAUCCAUCAUUCCACACAAUCCAGUGUUUCCCAAGCUAACGCUAAGGAUUAGUCUGAAAGACGUAAGAAAUUUAAUGCAACAGCAGCAAGUCUAGGGUUGAGUUUGCUUGAUUGAUUGAUGUCGCUGCUUUAACUCAUCAGUUUGAGAUUAUUCAGUUUUUAGCGCACACUUUCAAAAUCCCCUGUGAUUGUAAAUAUUACACUGAAGCAAGCACUUCCUAUCGUACAACUAGCUCUUAUAUAUCUUUCUUUAUAUUUUAGUUUCUCCAAAUCUCCUUGAAGUUGUGGAUGUGAAGAAACAGACUAGUGAAGUAUUUACAUUGUGUUGUGACUUUGGCAUAUAUGAUAUAUCCUGCCAAGCUUAGCCAAGCAGAGCACAACAUGAAUAUAUUUUAUUUAUUUA